UCUCUCUCUCUCUCUCUCUCUCUAAUUUCCUUCUCUUAUCUUCCCCUCUCAGUUGCAUCUCAUUUUCUAUCAUCAUAAAUCCAGUCUACAAUCGAGAGUCGCCAGUUAUCGUUCAAGAUGACUACAAUAAUAUCAUGGAUCUGUUUUUGUGCGUUGUUUUCAACAAUUUUUGCUGGUCAACAUUUAAAAAAAGACGGAUUUCAGAAAACGUUGGGACACUUGAGACCAAGAACACCACCGGAGGUUCAAGAGAAUGCAGUGAAAGAUUUGAUUGGAAGAUUAUUAGGAAAUGAUUUAGUUAAUUUAUUCGAUGUUCAUGUUGAUCCUAAUCUAGGACCAGCAGGAAAAGAUACAUUUCAGAUAACAAAAAAUGAUGCUGGUUUAAUAGAAAUUCAUGGUAAUUCUGGUGUAACCGUAGCAUGGGGUUUACAUUAUUAUUUAAAAAAUUAUUGCAACGCUCAUAUAUCCUGGGAUGGAAAUCAAAUCGAGUUACCUCGUACCUUGCCAGAUGUUCGUGUCAUGAUUAAGUCAAACGAUAGAUUUAGGUAUUAUCAAAAUGUAUGUACGUUGGGUUAUAGUUCAGUUUGGUGGCAAUGGGAACAAUGGGAACAACAUUUAGAUUGGAUGGCCCUUAAUGGGAUUAAUUUAGCUUUAGCAUUUGUAGGACAAGAAGUCAUUUGGGAAAGAGUUUAUUUCAAGUUAAAUUUAACUCAAGAUGAGAUUGACGAACAUUUUGGUGGUCCUGCUUUUUUACCUUGGUCUAGGAUGGGUAAUAUUCGUGGAUUUGGUGGACCAUUGACUGCUAAUUGGCAUCGCAAAAGUUUACGUUUACAACAUCUUAUACUUGAAAGGAUGAGAGAAUUUGGAAUAAUCCCUGUAUUACCUGCAUUUGCUGGUCACGUGCCAAGAGCCUUUGCCAGAUUAUUUCCAAAUGCCAAAAUGACCAAGAUAGAUAGUUGGAAUAAAUUCGAGGAUAAAUAUUGUUGUCCUUACUUAUUGGAUCCCACGGAUGAAUUGUUUCAAAUUGUCGGUGAAAUGUUUUUAAAAAUGUAUAUCAAAGAAUUUGGAACGGAUCAUAUAUACAAUUGUGAUACUUUUAAUGAAAACGAACCUGGUAGCAGUGAAUUAACUUAUUUAGGAAAUAUUUCAAGAUCUAUUUUUUCCGUCAUGAAUAAAGUAGAUCAUCAUGCUAUAUGGUUGAUGCAAGGAUGGUUGUUCGUUCAUGAAUUCACUUUCUGGACCGAGCCCAGAGUUCAAACAUUUUUAACUUCAGUUCCAAUAGGACGAAUGAUAGUACUCGAUUUACAAUCGGAACAAUUUCCGCAAUACAGAAGAUUAAAGUCGUAUUAUGGUCAACCAUUUAUAUGGUGUAUGCUGCAUAACUUUGGUGGUACUUUAGGAAUGUUUGGUUCGGCAGAGAUUAUUAAUAAACGUGUGUUCGAAGGAAGAAAUAUGGCAGGUAGUACAAUGGUAGGAACAGGUUUAACACCAGAAGGUAUUAAUCAAAAUUAUGUCAUUUAUGAAUUAAUGAAUGAAAUGGCUUAUCGUCGUGAACCCGUUGAUCUUGAUUUAUGGUUUGAAAAUUAUGCUGUUCGUAGAUACGGUGCGUGGAACGAGUAUACCAUAAAAGCAUGGAAAAAUUUAGGUAAAACUAUUUAUAAUUUUAACGGAUUACAAAGGAUUAGAGGAAAGUACGUUGCUACCAGACGGCCAAGUUUAAAACUUUCCACUUGGACUUGGUACAAUCGUCAGAAUUUUUUUGAUACUUGGAAUACGUUCAUGAUGGCACGAUUUGGAAGAUGUAACAGUACAUUGUACAAACACGACGUUGUAGAUAUAACCAGACAAACAUUGCAAUUGUUAAUCGAUUUAAGUUACCUUGAAGUACUUGAUUCGUACAAUAAAAAAGAUCUCUAUGCACUUCGAUCUUGGUCAUCGAACAUAAUCGCAUAUUUUAACGAUCUCGAAAUGAUACUAGCAUCGAGUAAAGAUUUUUUAUUAGGCAAUUGGUUAAAAGCAGCAAAAUCAAUGGCGGAUAAUAAUGAUUUAAAUGAAAUGAAAUUAUACGAAUACAAUGCUAGAAAUCAAAUAACUUUGUGGGGACCAAACGGUGAAAUAAGAGAUUAUGCUAAUAAACAAUGGUCAGGUGUAAUCGUUGAUUAUUUUCAACCACGAUGGAAAAUAUUUCUCGAUGCUCUUCAGGAUACUAUAAGUAAAAAUAUUAAAUACAACAUUACAGAAAUUAAUGAAAGGAUUUUUCGUGAAGUCGAAGAACCUUUUACUAGAUCGAAUAAAAUUUAUUCGACUGAACCCAAAGGUGACCCUAUCGAGAUAGCAAUGAACAUAUUAUCCAACUGGUACAGUCCUGUUCUGAUGAAUAUUUUAAGAUUGAGAACAUCAUCACGAGUUUCUUCAUACGAAUUCGAUUUAUAAUUUAAUUUCAUUUUUUUAAUUAUUUAAUAUUAGUCAGUAAUUAUUUUCAUUUCUUAA